AUGACAGGACGAGAGGAUGCUGCGGACGAAAAACCAAAAGUCAAGAUUUUAACCCCAUCUUUUGGAAUCGACAAAGCACGGCUCAAUGGCUCUGGAUUUAGAUCGAAGGGUUUUGCCAUCACCGACCUGCUGGGUCUCGAAUCGGAACUCCAGCCCCAUCAGUCAGGGCAUGGUGGUGGCGGCAACCAUGAACCGAACACGGGAAUAGGAGGGUUCUCUUUCGCUGGAGGCUCCUUGCCACUUGGUUUGGGGUUCCUGUGCAGUUUGGCGGCGCAGCAACCACCUGGCGCUCCGUGUUUCCUACCAAGUCAUAUACCUCUUCUUCAAUCCAGGACUGAGAGUCAAUUCAUGCAAAACUUGGAGCAGCAGAGAGACGCCUAUUCUGAUGACGAUUGCCUAUCUGGGGAUAGAAACGAUGGCAAAAACUCAGGAAACUCUCAAAAAAGAAAGAAACGGAGGCACAGGACCGUAUUCACCUCUCAUCAACUGGAGGAGCUGGAGAAGGCUUUCCAGGAAGCGCAUUAUCCAGAUGUUUACGCACGGGAAAUGUUGGCGAUGAAGACAGAAUUACCAGAGGACAGGAUACAGGUAUGGUUCCAGAACCGCCGCGCCAAGUGGAGGAAGAGGGAGAAGUGUUGGGGACGCAGCAGCGUGAUGGCAGAGUACGGCCUCUACGGUGCCAUGGUUCGCCACUCCAUCCCCUUACCGGAAUCGAUUAUCAACUCCGCCAAAAGCGGCAUGAUGGGCUCGUGUGCUCCCUGGCUUCUAGGAAUGCACAAAAAGUCGUUGGAGAUUACCAAGAAGUCCCCCGGUACUCCGGAUUCCACCCACUCCGACUCAUACAGCGAAGAGGCAAAGGGGAAGGACAGCGACAUUUCCUGGUCGAACAGGGCCAGUGCAACAGACGACAUGGAGGACAUGGCUAUUGACCUAUCGAGCACUUCCAAACAGGAGAAUAAAAGCACUUUGAAAACUACGCCGCGGAUCAGUGACACGAACAGCGAUUCUGACAACGAAAGUUAA